UCAAAAUCAAAACCCAUCACUUUCUCUCUCUUGUUCUCGUUUCUUCUUCCUCUUUUCUUUCUCUCUUUCUGCUUCUUCCCCAUUCUCUCCUCUCAAAUUCUCAAUUCUUCCCCAAACCCAUCUCUUAGAACCCUAGUCCCAAACUCACGGCAACAAGGACGGUAAGUCGGCAACGAGGACGGCGACGAGUACUGCUUUAAGGAGAACAUACCCAUUGAGGAAGUGUUUGCGAAUCUGAGAUGCACCAGAGAGGGGCUUACAACCGCGGCUGCUCAAGAGAGAUUAGCCAUUCUUGGACACAACAAGCUUGAGGAGAAGAAGGUUAUUUUCCUCCGACGUUCCAACCCACCAUUCCCGGACAGCUCCCAGUAUCUGGGUUGCCCUGGGCGGACAAGAAAAUUGAAUGUUCAAGGAGAUAUUGCUGCCUUGCCUAAUAUUUCGUGCAGUGCAACCAUUGUUUAAGGAUAGCUGAGAAUGUUAUCAAAGUCGAAAAUUUUCUGCUCUUUAUGGCGACGGCAGAAUCCAUUGAGUUUGAGUCAAGAUUUUAGUAGUUAUAUUAUCGGAAUUGGUAAUCUAUUUCACCAUGCAUUUUGCACUGUGAUUGAGCCAAUUAAAGCUAAUGACUUGUCGCACAAUGCUGAAUCACCUGAGCUUCCUGAUUGGGUUAAGUUUCCCGGCAAGGAGUCAAGUGAGGGAAAAGUGAAGGAUGAUGAUUUUGUGCCGCCUUCAGUAUCAUACUGGAUUGAGAAUCAGAAGAUUCGUUAUUGUGAUGUUGAUAUGAAAACCGUAGUUAAUGAUAUAGUUGAGAGUGAUGUUGAUAAGAUUAGUAGAAUUCUGAAGCAGCAGUUCAUAUCUCCUGAUUUAGUUGUGAGAGCGUUAGAUGUUUGUGAUGUUCAUGUGUCCGGGAGUUUGGUCGAGCAAGUGCUGAGGAGAUUCAGCUGUGAAUGGAUAGUGGCUUUUGGGUUCUUCAAGUGGGCUGAAUUGCAGAAGGGGAUUAGUCAUUCUGCUGAUUUGUACAACCUAAUGGUUGAUAAUUUGGGGAAAAUGAAGAAAUUUGACAUCAUGUGGGAAUUGGUGGAAGAAAUGAAGAAGUUGAAAGGAUACAUCACGUUGGAUACAAUGACCAAAAUCAUGAGACGUCUUGCAAAGGCCAGUAAGUACGAGGAUGCAAUAGAGGCAUUUGAAACAAUGGAACUAUACGGAGUAGACAAAGAUAUCACAGCCAUGAAUAGGUUGUUGGAUACGUUGGUGAAGGAAGGAAGUGUCGAGCAUGCGGAACGAGUCUAUCUUAAAUACAAGGAACAUAUUCCUCCUACUUCACUCACUUACAAUGUGUUGGUCCAUGGUUGGUGCAAAACUAGGCAGAUUGAUAAAGCUAGAAAGAAUAUCGAUGAGAUGAAAAACCAUGGAUUUUGCCCAGAUUCAGUUACAUACACAUGUUUCAUUGAAGCCUAUUGUCGUGAUAAAGAUUUCCGUAAAGUUAAUGAUACUUUAGAAGAGAUGCAGAAGAAUGGUUGUCGUCCUAGUGUAGUGACGUAUACCAUCAUAAUGAAAGCUUUAGCGAGGGCAAAGGAAAUAAGUAAAGCCAUGGAGGUUUAUGAGAAGAUGAAAGAGAACAAUUGCUCUCCCGAUACUUCAUUCUAUAACGUCUUCAUUGAUGCUCUAAGCAAAGCUGGCAGGCUACAAGACUCUGAUGCUGUGUUUGAGGAUAUGUCAAAGCAGGGAGUUAUUCCAGAGGUGUCAACCUACAACACGCUAAUCUUUGUUGCUGCCCAGAACUUGCAAGAAGAGAAGGCUCUGAGUUUACUUCUGAAAAUGGAAGAAAGUCGGUGCCAGCCAGAUCUUAAUACUUAUGCCCCACUAUUGAAAAUGUGCUGCAGACUGAAAAGAAUGAAGGUGCUUUACUUCCUGUUGAGCCACAUGUUCAAGAACGACGUCAGUCUUGAUCUUGGAACUUAUUCACUUUUGGUUAGUCGCCUCUGUAGAAACGGAAAAGUUGAUCGUGCUUGUUCCUUUUUUGAGGAAAUGGUGCAUAAGGGAUUCGUUCCAAUGGAUUGUACAUACGAGCUUCUCGUCAAAGAGCUCAAGAAGAAGGGCAUGAAUAGAGAGCAGCAACGAAUUGAAGAAGCGAUGUCGCGGGCUAAACGGCCAGGAUUUGGCCAUUCUUCUACAAGCUAUUCUAAGAUUUAGGAAUAGGCACCAUCACUAUGUUUAUAGACGAUGAUCGCAUGUGUGACAAUUUUGUUAAAUCUAGAUGCACAAAUUAUAUGAAUCAACCGGCAGAGGUAGUUCAGUAGUUUUAUUUAUGUUAUGACCCUUUCUUUUCAAUGUGGUUUAUGCAAAUCCACCUGCUUGCCCAGUCUAAUAUCUCGGCCUUUCCCAGGACGUUUAUCCA